UACAGGAGUCAAAAAAGACCUGACUUUGUAGGAUUGCUAAUCGGUUAAAUGUUCAAGUUUUGUCUGGAAAUCUUCUGUUAGAACUGCUUGAAACAUCCAGGUUCCAGGUCACGGGGUGACAGUAACCCUCGUGACGCCACUGCUGCGUGCGCUUUAAAUACAAUAACAUUUACACCAUCGACAUGUUCAGCUACUGUGCGGCGACCCUGGCUAUUCCACGGCUCCAAAAGAAAGGAACCCAACUUAAGUAUCAGUGCCCUUAGUUUGUUUCACUACACUUUAUGCUCGGAUCGACGCUCCAAAAUUCGCGGAAGGUUAACAGCUGAAUCGAGUAAUGGAGUGUUCCGGAUCAUAAAAGAUCUCACUUGGCAAGUACCCACAUUGCUUGCAAUCAUCUUUUUUCGUCCCUUUCAAAUGACCCAGUACUUGUUUUUCGUUGCAUAACCUCUGUAAGCGCGAAGUGAUUGUACACAGGUCAUACAGAUUACUGCACUAACCAAACAGUAAAGACGGAGCUUCGGAACGUCUGCAAACGGCUCCUGGGUCCUGUCCUGAAAAGACAGUGAGAUUCUGAUGUCAAGCUGCUAUUUUUUGGUGGAAACUUUUGCGUUGGUCGACUUUCUACACUUAUCUGUUUGGGUUGAACUUUGUCUGAACGACGCCCAAAUUCGUUCAGGUUACGUCACACCUCCACUUCGAGACCUACACACGUCGUGGCGUACGCCGGAAGUUGACGUUUAGAGGGGCGGGGUUUGGGACCACGGACAGCUGAAAGCGAGGGGCGGCGCUGUGUUGAGGAUCAGGGACGAGCAGUGGUGCAUCCAUGGCAGUGGCUGCGUCUCAGCGCUCCAUGUUGUCCGAGCAGUCCAAGAUGUCAGCCGCGAGUCAAGCAGAGAGAAGCGUUUUGGAGGAUGAGUUUAAAUGGCUUUUAAAGGAAGAAGUGCAUUCUGUGCUAAAACAGCUUCAAGAUAUCCUGAAGGAAGCUUCUCGGCGAUUUUCAAUGCCAGCUGCUGGUUUGGAGAGUCAGCUUAAACAAGAAAAUUUUAUUCUUGGAAGUUCAACCAUGGACCAGGUCAAAGGAGUGUUGACCUUACAAGGGGAUGCACUGACACAAGCUGAUAUCCAUUUGAAAAUGGCUAAGAGCAAUCAAGUUAUGCAUUUUGCUUUCCGGGAUGAUAAACAGUGGAAAAUGCAGCAGAUCCAGGAUGCCAGGAACCACGUGACGCAGGCCCUUCAGCUGCUCAGCAGUCGGGAUGAGAGCUACCACUUCAGAACCGGUGCGGAAGUUAAUAAGCUAAUGGAUGCAGUGAUGUUACAGUUGACCAGGGCUCGCAACCGCCUCACCACCCCAGCUACCCUGACACUGCCUGAGUUGGCCUCCAGUGGUUUGAUGAAAAUGUUCACACCUCCAAUGCCAGGGGAUGUGAUGGUGAAUUUCUACACCAACCUCAGCAAGUUAUGUCUGACUGUGUAUCAGCUUCAUGUUCUGCAGCCCAACACCACAAAGAAUUUUAAACCUUCCGGAAGCUCAGUCUUGCACAACCCUGGAGCAAUGUUUGAGCUCAACAACACUAAGUUUGAGGUUAGUCAUGUGCACAAGGUGGAGUGUGUGGUUCCCUGGCUCAACGACACGCUUGUGUUCUUCACAAUCUCCCUGCAGCUCUGUCAGCAGCUCAAAGAUAAGAUUUCUGUGUUCUCAAGUUACUGGAACUACAGACCAUUCUAACCUCCUGGAAGUCAAGGAUUGUAAAGAAAUGGACAACUAUUUAGAUAGGAAAAAGUAUACAAGUUAUCUUGAUGUUCAGUUCUGUGCAGACAGGGAUCACAGUAUACAACAGGAAGUGUAUUUUCCUAAUUCCUGGAUGUUCUACAUAGUUUACAUAUGUUAACCAGUAAAUUAGUGUAUGUUGAUAAGCCUUCAUAUCGUCCAUGUAUUGUGGAAUAUUCAGGUUUCCUGACUGAAAUACUAAUUCAUUUGCUUAUGUGUGCAUGAGGACCACAGUUGUUCCCUUGCACUUGUCAUUCUUCAGGGUAGGCUGUGAACAAGUCGUAUAGGCUGGGUGAGUUGCACACUGCUUCCGUGUUUUGUGAAUUGAUUGGGAACACUUUUUACAUAGAAGUAAUUCAAACUGAACAUUUGAAACCUUUUUUUUAAAAUCUACAAAUGCAAAUUCUUGCACUUAGUAAUCACAAUAGCACUUAUUUUGUUUUGGGAAAGUGUUCUUGUAUCAAAAUACACAUCUGGACCAAGGAGUACAAUUUAUUUAAAAUAUGUGUUUUCACUUUAAAUCAUUCCAUACAAAAUGAAGUUUGAAUGAAAGGGACAAAAUUAAUGCAAAAUGGGAAUGUGGUUUGAUAAUUGCAUACCGACAAUGUAUCAAUUAAUUCAUUGUCUAAAUUACGUGCAA